CAUAACCUGAAAAUUUAUAACCAAUUUAUAACACAACUAACGUUUUAAAUUUUGAAAUAUCAAUUCAUUCCUUAUAAUUUGGAAAAAAAUUUUUGUGCUAGCAUGAAUUUGGUGUGUUUAUUUUUACAACAAGUUAUACUCACUUCGUUUAAAUAUAUUAACUGCCAUUUGAAUGCUACGCCGCAUCUUUAUGGUAUGGACGGUAUGGAUGAUAAAGUUGUUACUUAUUCCGACAUGAAAAGACUAGUAAAUGAUAGGAACGCUUUAAUAAUAGAUGUGAGGGAGGUUAAAGAAGUAAAAGAGACUGGAUUAAUUGAAAACAGCAUUAAUAUACCUUUGUCACUCCUUAGAAGUGCUCUAACCUCGCCAAAAAAUGAAUUUAAAAGGACAUAUCAACGGGAAGCCCCGAAUGAGAACACAUUAUUGGUAUUUACUUGCAAGUCAGGAAACCGAGCAUUAAAAGCUUUACACGAAGCUGAAUCUCUUGGAUUUAAGAAAUGCAGGUAUUAUAAAGGAAGCUGGAAUGAAUGGUCGCAAAAAAAGGGUUCAUAAUGAAUUGAGAAAUGUCCUACCUUUUUAUUUUAAUAAAACUUGAUUUGAAAGUGA